AUGCUGUCAGUUAGUGCCGCAGGUUUGUUGUGCAGUGGCAUGAACAUUCCAGACCCCUCUGACAGGUGAUUUUUUAUCAUGAGAAAAAAGAUGCAAUGUUUGUCAAUACACAUACACUGAAGGAAUCUUAUGAAUCCCAGAAUCAACCCUAAAAAGUAUUAUUUUUAUGUCUGAAGUUUUUUCAGGUCAAUACUUCUUCCUUGUUUUUGCAAAGAGGGUAAAUAGGCAGAAUCAAAUCCUCCUUACUUGCAACCAACAUUGUUUCACAGAUUGUGCCCUGUAACUGUACUCAGACUGUGUACUGUUUAGGCACACCUUUGAGUGAAUGCAGCAUUUGUUUAAAGUUCCUAACAAUCUUAUGGUAAGAGCAAAGGCAAAGUCUAGAUUUUAACCAGUCAUAUUUCUUUUUUGGGGGAAACUUACAGUUAUUUCAGUGAUGUUUACUGAAUUUUAGUGCUUGAAGAGAAAAAGUGUCUGAACAAUUUGUGUCUGAGUAAAAAAAGAAUAAUUAUUAUUGUGUUGCAGCAAAAUUGAAUGAUAGCAAUAAGUCGAGAGACAGCUGUACUCAGAUGCUAUAGUCCUUUUUUGGCCAUUAUAUUUUCUGCCUUAAGUUUUUGGUACUUCAAUGUAAAAUUGAUUAGUCCCUCAUGCUCUGAUUGUUCUGGUUUUUGAUCAACAGCCUCGCUUUUAGAACUGUGGAGAUUCUCUGGAAUUUGCUAGAAUUUGGCUCUAAACAGGAGGUAAGAGUACAUUAUUUUAAUGGGAAAAGUUAUGUUUAACUUUGCAAGGUGAGAGAAGCUAGGAAUUCCUCACAUAAGCACAGAAUAACAGGCUACAUGUGGACUCUUGGAGACUGAAAUUAAAAAGAAAUAAACUUAGAUUUUUGUAGUGUGUAAGUGCAUUAUGGUAAUUCAUUUUUUGAAACACCUUGUCUUAUUCUCUGUCAGGUUGCUAAUCAACUGAACUGUAAAGAGUGUAUCAGGUUUGUUACUCAAAUAUCAUGUCAGUCACACUUUAGGAUUUUAUCCACAGACUCAAAAGUUAGAACCACCUUGUACAGCAUAAACAAUAUUAUAAGAAACUACUGCUCUGUAGCUUUCAUGUGAAUGGUCACACUUUAGGAUUUACAAGACUACAUCAUUUACUCUGGGGAUUAAAGGUUAAACCAGAACGAACUGGAACUAACUGCGCUUAAAAGGCACCCUUGGAAUAAUAUUUUUACAAGCAGAUAUUUUCAACAACAUUUUCACACCAGCUACUAUUUUUCCAAGUGCAAGCUAGUUUCAUUUUUGUUUCUAGUCAUAUAUGUUUGAAGUUUUAUCAAAAUGUUUUUGCUUCCGUUUCAGUGCAUUAAAAGAUGCCUUUAUCAAACAAAUCAGAGAUGGUUACAGUCUUGCUGACAGACAAUUGAGGUAACACGACUGUAGUGUUAGACUAUGACUCAAUAUGUCUCCACAUCCUCGAAUGGUUUAAGGUGCAAUAGUGCAAGCGGGUAAUAAGGUCUGUCUUCAGGUAGUAACGGCGCCUUCACAAGCAAUUGCCAUUGGUUAUUUGUUGACCUCAUUUUUGCACUCAUGAAGACAAAGCCAGGUUUAACUGUCUCAUCUGUAGUUUCUAACAGCUAAUGUUUACCAGUAUUAAACCCUUUUACUACUGAGGUGACCAUGGCAAAAGUGCAAAAAAAAUUCCAAAUUUUAUUUUGUAAAAUUUAUGAUGGACAAACCAAUAACACCAUGAAAAGAACACCACUGAAGAGGUUUCAUUUGAAUGGUCAUACUUUAGGAUUUUGUCUGUAGACUUGAAAGUUAGUACCACUUACUAAAUAAAUAGUACUAUAAUUAUGAAAGUACUGCUUAGUCGUGUUAUUUGUUAAUCACGAAAUGGUCAAACUUUAGGACUUCACGUGCAGACUAAAAAUUGAAAAUAAAUACCUUAACCUAACUAUAGUUGUAACAGUCAUCAUCAAUAAAUGGUCAUUAUAUGUGAGAUCUGUUUGUUUUGUUUGCAGAAACGAUCUGUUAGUAAUUUCAUCACUGGUUGUGUCACUUUGUCCAACAUCUCCUUUUUUGGUAGGUUGGUGAACUACAUUGGCAGCAGUUGAAAGCUAAAUAUUAGGGAGUGUAAGCAACGAUGUUUUUGAGCCCCACACGUCAACCGGAAGUGGAGUUUUUACGCUCUUAGUCCGUGAUUUUGAACAAAUUCUGGGGCAAAUCGUCUCUUUAAGAGUAAAGACCCUUAGCAACACAAAUUUGGUAGCGUCAAGGCAUGUUAAAAUGGAAAAAAAGACUCAGUUCCGGUUGACGUGCGUUGCUCAAAAACAUUGCUGCUUAAACUCCUUAUUGCUACUAAAUGAGAACAGCUCUUAUUCAGUUCAUGUGACUUCUUUAUAAUUCUUAUUGUCAAAAAGUCUUUGUAAUUAUUAUUUGAUAUGGCUACAAGAUAGAGGACUGUGCUCUAGCAGUACCCAGUCUCCCCCUGGUAACUUAAAUACUUUGCCUCUUGGUAACAAAAAGGUGCAGUCUUUUUCGCCCUUUUGGGUUCCCGCAAUUUUGUUAGAGUUCAGCCUUCCUUCAGUUCAUUAGUGGGCAUUAACUUGUAAAUUACCGUGUCAGUAUACAUGGCAAUACAUGGCUAUACAUGGCUAUGACAGAACGCGGACUUACAGCUGUUCACCCUAAUGUAAAAUAAGUCAAUCAACAGGUAUGGCUACCGACUUCUGAGUCCAGUUGCUGUCAGAUAUGGUUUAUGAGAACACAACGUACACAAGGCCAUCUAAACUUUGUAACAAAUUCGUCCAGUUCAAAGCCUUAUGUUUCCUCUUUGCUUUGUAAUAUAUCCCAUCCCUAAUGUUUUAAACUCUGAUUGUUGCAUCACAUGUAAAAUCGCUUGGCUUAAUAAGGACAUUUUUAUUGUUUUUCAGGAAACUGGGUUUACAAGGCUGAUAGUUGUGCUGGCGACUUUCACAGAGGGUAAUAAUUUUAAUAUGCAUGCAGGGUUCUAUCUAGGAUUUAUCGUUUUGGGGAGAUGUCCCGAGUGGCCGAUAUCUUCCUAGUGGGGUCCAGGGGCAUGCCCCCGGAAAUUUUUUGAAAUGAAUAUGCGCUGAGAUGCAAUCUGGUGCAUUUUGAGACACAAUCUUGAGAAAUAUUACAGUGUGUGCACUGACCUCGUGGCAUCUGGAUAAUUUUUCCGAUAUAGUUACUUAUAUACUGUAAUGAUAACAAUCUUUUUGGGGGGAAGCUGGGCAUUUUGGAGGGAAGCNGCAUUUUGAGACACAAUCUUGAGAAAUAUUACAGUGUGUGCACUGACCUCGUGGCAUCUGGAUAAUUUUUCCGAUAUAGUUACUUAUAUACUGUAAUGAUAACAAUCUUUUUGGGGGGAAGCUGGGCAUUUCGGGGGGAAGCUUUUACUUCUCAAAUACCCUACAUACCCACUGUAGAACCCGGGUAUGUGCACAUUAUAAGUGACUUCAUUCACAGGAGAAAAAAUCUUCUCUUAAAGCUUGAUCAAAAGUGCUGCAAGAAAGUUCUUCUUAGAUAACACUAAUAUAAAUGUUACAGAUUUCACAGCAUACUUAGUUAAAAGGUGUAAAUGAUUUGUAAGUACAUUCCUUUACUUUUGAAAGAUCUGGCAGAGAUUUCAGUGAUGUCAUCAACAUGAAUGUAGCCGAAAGGAAAAUUGUUUCAAGCGUCUUGACAAACCACUGUUCCAGUUUUUUGUUCUUCUUCCAGUUUGUCUGGAAGGAAAAUCUUGACACAGGAUGUUUUUGAUGCAUUUUAUAAAUCUUUGUUUUUAUACUUGUCUGUUUCUUCCAGUUAAAAGCCAUCAUGAACUGGUUAGAAGUCUGAAACUCGACCAGGUAAUGAAAUUGACUGAAUAUGAUUAUUUUUCGUUUCUCUUAGUGCACUGUAUCUCUGAAAAUACUUCACCGCUUGUAAGAUAAAAUGUUUAUUUCAAACUUCAGUCAAAAUAGGGGUCCUUAUUUAAUUCAGGGCGUUGUCGGGGGCUAUCAGAAACUUUUAUUUGGCAGGAAAUGUGGUAGCGGAAGAAAGAGAUCAUGGACUAUUAACAAAGAAUUAAUGGUGGUGUAGUAAAAGUUUAAUUUGUAUCUGAGAAAGCGAAGGGAGAUAAGAGGGCGCCUAUUCAAAACGUGGGGGCACUAACCAUUUGUUUGGGGAAGACGCUUAUUAGAGUAUGGUUUGUCAUUCAAGGCAUUGUGGUACUAUGGAGUUUUCAUAUUAGUCAAUGUAGGAAAAAAUAAUUUUUUCAGGUAUAGACCGAAGCAUUUCCUGAGAGGUUAUUCCUGGUUUCUGAUGUACGAAAAAAAUAUCUAUCAGUGCGGUACAAAAAAUCAACCGUCCCCUAAAUCAAACCGUUCCACUACCCGACGUUAUUGCCUCGUCUUUAGUCAGGAGUGCUAGAAUUGACAUUCAGUCUCUCUGAACUUUUUGUAGUAACACAUAUUCCCUUGAACAGCUGCCUGUUAUUGAAGAUGGUUGUGUUAAGUUUUCUGCUAAUCAUGAACACACAAGGCUGUUCAAAUUAAAAUUAACAGGGGAUUUGUAGUCAUAAAUAUCUAAGUACAUGUAUGGUGUUUUCUUUUUCUUUCUGGUAGAGUCAUGAGGAUUUUGAAUUCAAGAAACUACUGAUGAACGCUUUAGUGUUACUAAGCUCAGAUUCAGCCAGCUUUCAGGUACAUCAGCUUCACUUGAUGCAUGGACGAUAACAAGAUGUGAAAAUCUACAGUGUUUUGUAAUUCAUGACCUUUUUUUUCACUCUGAAAACAGUUGAGUUCGUUACUGAGGCAUUGAUCCUAGCCUUGUGUCUAAAGCAUGAAAGCGUCAUGGCUGGUUCCGUUGCGGAAAUUAGGUCCUCUUAUACGAAGGGAAAAUGUGACGCAUCUUAUACAUGAGUCACUUUCUCAAAUACCAUUAAUGCGAGCACAGAAUGGAAAUUAUCAGUUCCUUUUUUUUUCUUUCAUUUUUAUAGAUUUUUUCAGAGGGCAGAGUCAUUCUUUCACUGUUCUCGUUUGUGAGAGCAAACGAUAGUUCUUCAGCGGUCGAAUGGUCUCCCGCACAGUUUGAAGAAUUGCAGCUGCAGGUAAAUAUUUCCUUACGCCUACAAUCGGCGACAAAAUUGUUGAGACAUUGUACUCAAAUAGGGUAAAUUCAGAGAACAUAAGAAUCCACACCCCUCCCCUGUCCCCUCAAUUCAAAGUUGGGAUGUUUCUUGUUUUCUUAAGGUAGUUUGAACAGUGGUACAACAUUGAAUGGAGGGGAUGGGAGAGGAAAAGCUAUCUUUUCCCCUUUUGAAGUCAGGAAAACGUCAAAAAGUCCGUUAAGGGCGAAGUGUCUCAACUCAUUUUGUCGUCGAUUGUAGAUAUUACAAUAAACGUUUGUAAAUAUUGCGUUUUAAAAAGACUCAAGAAUAGUUUCGAGAUUGUGCGGUUAUGUAUUGUUAUGCAUUUAUGCUUCACCAUUUAUAAGAAAAAACGCUCUGAACGGACGAGAACGGCUUUAAAAGUGGCAAGGUUAAAUUCUCAGUUACAGUGGAAUAAGACCUGACAUAUAAAUUAUGUUCAGUUUGAAAAGCAACAGAUUUUUAGGAGAACCUAGCUUGGCUAUAAAUUAGUUGAAAAAUCUCCCGCUGCUUUCGGUUUAAAAUGGAAAGGAGGGACAAAGUUCGAGGAUUGUCAACUUAUCUUGAAAAGCUUGUAACCAGAAAGAGCCCCUCCUUGGAGUUAUCAGUGACAUUUUGACAAUUGGUGAACGCUUGUUGUAUUUGGCGAAAAUAUCUCGCUGGACAGAUCAAAACGCCCCAAAAACCAAGUCAACAUUUCACAUGAACGCACUGAUUUUCCCGCCCUUGACGCCGAACAAGGCAGCACAAUUUUCACUUGUACGCGUGGGUUUUUCCUGCGUUUGGCGCUAACUACAUGUAUUUUGGUCGUAUUCUGGUUAUUUGGNGGACAAAGUUCGAGGAUUGUCAACUUAUCUUGAAAAGCUUGUAACCAGAAAGAGCCCCUCCUUGGAGUUAUCAGUGACAUUUUGACAAUUGGUGAACGCUUGUUGUAUUUGGCGAAAAUAUCUCGCUGGACCGAUCGUAACGCCUCAAAAACCAAGUCAACAUUUCACAUGAACGCACUGAUUUUCCCGUCCUUGACGCUGACUACGUGUACUUUGGCCGUGUUCUGAUUGGCUUAUUUGGAUGUAAUAAACUGAAAGGCCAAACAGAACGCCGAACAAGGCAGCACAAUUUUCACUUGUACGCGUGGGUUUUUCCUGCGUUUGGCGUUAACUACAUGUAUUUUGGUCGCGCUCUGGUUAAAAAAGAAAAUUCUGGUUUGAUGUAGUUUAACGUUUUACUACCAUGGAUGAUGUUUGUCUUCAGGCUCUUGAUACACUGAGUGCUGUGGCUCCGCUUUGCUUGGAUGAUUACAUGACUUGUCAGAGUAACACAAGGUUACUGAUGCUCUUAGAGUGGUGUGUUGGACAAGGUAAACUGAGCACCAUUAUUCUCCAGUUAUUAUUUGCCUAGUAAACACCAUAGAAUGUACUUCACCAGUAUCAACCAAAGAAUGUACUCAUGACUUAGCACAGAGAUAUUCCCCACGGGAGAGUGGAUACAAGCUCUGGGUGCAGCGAUUUCUGGGACAGUAUGGAUGGACAAGUGUUAAUUAUGAUUGGUCGAUGGUAUCCAAGGCAACCACCAGCCAAUCACAAGUAACACUUGUCCACCGAAACGACCUCAGAAAUCGUUGUUCCGAGAACUUGUAUCCAUCCCACCUUAUAGUUUCUGGAAUGGGGAAUACGAGGCUCAUUUCAUUUGAAAAAAAAAAUACGGUCUUUUAACGAACUUCACCCAUAGACCUGAAGACUAAUUUACUUAACAUCAAAUCAAACGUAUACUUUGAUUCGGAUCAAGAUAUUAGUGAAGAUCCCUUGAAAUAUCUGACUAGGAAACUUCUGUCAAGCUAGUGUAGUCAUAGACGAAUUAUUCCUUUUUAAUUUUUCGUAUAUUUUUUCCCUCGCUCGUAGCUGACUAUGGUGGUCAUGGCAACAGUUUCCAUGGUAGCGGUGGUCGAGGCAACAAGCGUUCCCAGAUGCGGUUUUGUCUGCGGCUUAUUAGAAGCAUGGUAUCUGUGGGUGAUGAUGCCUUGAACCAGGACCUUGUUGAUCAGGGAGCAAUCGGUCAAGUUGUUGGUAAGUUGCAGUUUUACUCAGGUAAGAUAUUUUUAUAGCUUACAAGAUAACUUGGGCAUCAUAGCACUUUGGGAAAUGAAUCGGGGAAACUGCCCUUUCCGAAAAGGGGGACGGAAUUCUCUGGGUUACAAAACCUGUUGUUCUGUUGUAUUGUAAGGUGGUUUAGAUAUUGUUAGUGUCUUUUGAGUCCGUUGUAUCACAGUACGUCAUUUGUUGAUCUCAGUCGCCAUCCACGACACCAAUGGAUUGGUGCACACUUUCCAUGAUCAUAGUGAAAAGUCAGGGGGAAUCCCAUUCUUUUUCAUAGUCAAGGAAUUUUGAAAACGUAACGGGAAAUCUUAGUCCUGGGCAGAGUUAUUAAAAAAUCAGGGAAUCUUUUGUUCAUGUCGCCAUAUUUUAGAUUCGUGAAGCCCAAAGAAAAAACAAAGAAACAAAAAAGCAGCAACAACUGAAAGUCCUGAAAAGUGAAUAGUCCAACCUAUAUAAUUUAAGCGAUUGAAAAUGAAGACAUGAGUAUUAACGGUCUGUAAAAGAAUCUGAUGAAAACUGAACGUCAAAUCAAGGUCGGUGAAAAUUGUUUGGAUGUCAGGGAACUUUUUUAUAAACAUGCACUUUUUGCGCUUGCGAAGCGUAAUGUCUUAACAAAUCAGUGUUUGUCUCUCUGUAUAGGGAUUCUUCUAAACGCCAGCACGAGCCCUGAUGAAAAUGAUAGCAUUGAUGUUGAACUGCAGUGUGAUAUGCUGUUUAUUGUGUCUUCCCUGUGUGAAGUAGACACGCAUAGAAAGGUAAGACGAAGCUUGUAGUAAUAGAUAAAGUUGUUGUAAAUACAGGUGCGGAAAGGACUGAACUCAACUUCCGGUGCUUAAUUUUCCACUCUGUUAUUGGUUAAUUCAGUUUCCAGAUCUGCGGGCGCCGUUGUCACUGGCGUCUCUUUUGUCUUUGCUAAAUCCGCCUACUGUUAGUGCAACUCCUCAUACCACUUGGUAAGGCCCACACUGUAAGGACCUACCUACCCAGUGCCAGCCAGCAAUUGUAUCAUAUAUUGAUUGGCUUCAUCCCUGGGUACAGCCCUUUUAUAUGUCUUACCCCAUUGACGUUUCUCUAUUAUGUUCCCGGGGGGAAGGGGGCUACUUCCUAUAAUGGCCUGUUCAGAGGCCCCGCACGGUGGGGGUACCCCAAGGACAGGGAAAUCUCUCAUUUCGGUCUGUAAAAAGACCCAGAAGAGUCUUCUGUCAAAAAUGGUACAUAAACGGGUAAAGGGUUGGACUCGGGGCGGACCCUACUCGUGUAAAACUUCGUUUAGUACCAGGGAAUCAUGUUGCCUUGUACAUCAUUUCUCUUGCAUGAGCGCAGUAUGGAAGGUAGAUCAGUUCCCUUUUUCAUUGAUUCGUUACACCCUAGGGACUAUAUAUGUUUUUCACGGCAUGCAUUAUUAGCUAGCAACAUAAAUUGGGGGCGGACAGUUAGUCUAGACAGUUAGUCUAGUUAGCGAGUCAAGAGUCGAGUGCACGUUUGUUCUUCGGCGGAUUUCAAAUUACUGUAUUUUGUGAUUGUCCUGCUUUUCUACCACGGGGAAAUUUUUGAAAGUUUUCUUAGCUACGCUUUCUUCUAUCUUUCGCGUCUUUUUACCGUUUGUUGCACUUUUGUGAAACUUAAUUAUUUAAAUCUUUUGUUUUCGUCUUUUUCUUUAACUAGUCAAACCGUUAGAUGUUUUCAUUCAAUAAAAGAUAACGGGUUUGAAGUACCCUUACGAUCUCACACUAACUAUUGUUGCAGGAACUGUUUGGUUCCCAAGGUGUUCAGGUGUUAGUUGAGUAUCUAAAGAGAGAUCCUGACAAGAUUAACAGUCCCUUAGGACACCAUCGGCUUCUUCUCUCUGCGGUGGACUGCGUCUGGUGAGAAGCUGAAAGUACUUUACUGAUAGUUUUUAGUUUGUCUGAAUAUUUUUUCUUCCACAAGCCAUGUUUAUUUAAAAAAAAAAAAACUCUUACAGCUCAUGCAAUCAAAGACAGAGGAAAAGACAACCCAUUUAUUUAUACAGAAGAAAACAAACUUUUCAUGAUAGCAUUUGACCUAAUCUUUAAAACCCUCUAAUCGUAGUUAACGGACAACUUUGAGGACAACAUUUGCCAGGCCAUUGUUUGAUUUUAAAAGCCGCUAGAUAUUGGCUUCUCAUCUUCGGCAGUGAACAAAUCUGCGUGUUUCGUGGAUCAGCUUCACUUUAUAACGUCAAGAAGGAAGCACCGUUUCUAACAUGAUUUUUGUGGUUCGAAUUUUUCUUUCGUUGAAAACCUGUUAUCCAGUUGAAUUCCUCUGUUUCUUUGUCUCAGAUUAUGACAAGAGAUAUGACACAGAGGAAAAUAGAAACUAAUUGCUUGAAAAAUUUCGAACCUGUGCAAUAUGCAUGAUCGUUAAGAUUCGCCUACAGCUGGUUUACUCUUUGGGUUCUUAUAUAUCGUAAAUAUUGUUUUCCUUCAGGUCUGCGGUACUGGGAUGCUAUUUGACCGAACAGCUCUUCCUUGAGAACGAUGGAAUAUUCCAUCUUAUGGAUUUAUUGGAGGUCAUUAUUGAGAAAGUUUGUUUGUUGGCAUAAGACUAGCCAGGUGCUUCGUAAACGUUUUACAACCUUCGGCGACUGGAAAGCAUGGUUUAAAAGCCUAUCAUUAAUCUCACGCUAAGAUUCCUCGCGCGCGUUUAAAACACUUGCAAAAUGUCCUUAUUUAGGAUCUUACAAGUUAUGAAUGUAGAUGAAGAUGAAAACGUCUGUCUCAGAGAUUGCGUGUUGGUUACACGGGACGAUUCGCAACGACGAUUUUUAGCGCAAUAAGACUUCGUAAUGUGGGAACAAUGUUGAGACCAUCCUAGACAACAUUGCAACAAUGUUGUAAUGCUUUGUUGCGCUAAAAAUCGUCGUUGCGUAUCGCUCCGUGUACCAUCACCUUUAAAAUUGCGAUAGCUUUGUAACUAAGAACAUGCACUUUCAUUACUAAUUCCACAGCCACUCAGUAAAAAAUCACUUUGCCAAUCACAGUGUUUGCAAUGCAACAUGCAACAUGUAAUUCUCAUUUUCGGAGACUGUUGUCGAUAAUAAUCACAGGGCAUCCGCUGUAGGGAAGUGUCCUCAAAGCUCAAGUUAUGUACAGGUUUUUAAGCCAUUUGUGAAAGACGUUAAUUUAAAUCAGAAUUGAUUUGGUAUAUAUUAACUUUGUCUACAGAUCUGUCCCCUCACAAUGCAAAACUUGGUGUUAGGAUGCCUGGUAGAUUUAUGUGAAAAUGUUAAGGUAACUGAAUUAACUCCUUAGUUUGGUCAUUUGAAUGAUUGAUCAAAAGACGUUUAAACUGUUGCAAGGUUCUUUUUUUUCUUAGUUGUUACAAGCUUUAAAAAUCUCUACAAGGCUUUACUUCCACAUUAAAGAAACACAAAUCUUGAACUAUACCAACGGUCUUAAAGUUCGACUUGAAUUUGCGCAACUGUACGAGGAAUCUCCUUGUUGAAAUAACCAUAAUAGCUGUGGUCACACUACAGACUUUUUACCUAGGUAAACACGACUUGUUGACAGUUUACCUAGGGAAACCUGAUUUUUUUAAGUGUGACCGAUUUUCCCUAGGUAACUUACCUCGGGGAAAUUUUAUCUUCUGGGUCUUGGAUAUGUCUCGAAAACAAUAGAGAUUACCUUGAAAGUUGUAAAGUUGGAACUAAAAGUAAAUUUCAUCUUGCAUUUUCGAUUUUCCUGAGGAAUUUUUUGGUAUCAAAAAAGUAUAUUUUUUGUGGACUGGUAAAUUAUAUUCUGUUCAGGAGCUUUUUUAUCGAUCAUACCUACGUUGUCUGGAUCUUUUCAGGCCCUCGCGCAUGUGCAGUCGUGGAGAGGGAAGAAGCAGAUUUCAGCUGGUAA